ACAGUUGACUAAACUAGUGUUUAACCAAAGAGUGGUCAGUAAAGGCGCACUUGGCAUAAAUCCCUGCACUCAAAACGCCUUGGGGCAGUUUGACGACGGAGAGCCUUGCUAAUUGGCGGACGGAUUUCGCUUUUUUUUUCUCUUCAAGGAUACCCAAACUAUUGGAAUUUCUCUCACAGUUGUGUGGCAGUUACAAAGGUGUGCUCUGGGAAUAAGAUGCAGCUGCAAAGAUUCUAUUCAUAAAUUAUGUGGAUUUUUGUUUGAUAGCGAAAACGGUAAUGUGUCAUUAAGACAAGGAUUCGAGUAAACAAGUAUUUAAAAAAUUGUUUUUGUUUUCUUCAGGGAGUGCAUUGUUAGUAAGGUAGUUAUUUCACUCAGACAUGGAAUGUCAAAUUGUACCCACUGCCAAAAUUGAACGGCUGAAAAUUAAAAAACACAGGGAAGCUAAAGAGAAAGCCUUGAAUCAAAACUGCGUAUGUGACGGAGACUGUCAUAGGAUUUAUUCAUCGAUGCCAACUUUCAAAGCACCUAAGUCAACGUUUCCGGAUAAAGAAAAGGACAGCGAAGGAAAGAAUAUUAAGAGCCAAAUCCAGAAUUCAAAUAAAUAUAAUCAUUUCACGAUGUCAAGGCCAGGUCUCAAUGGGAGUCCACUUUUGUCACAAAGUCCAGCAAUCUGUGAUUCAGCCGAGAUAUCCACAGACCCAAACAACAAAGAUCAAGCUACAACUGACACUAACAGGAAAAUCAAAACUGGAACAGUUUCAUAUCAGUUAAAGUGCAAUGGAAGUACCGUCCCAGAAACCACCUUAAAAUCUAACCCCAAACAUGGCUCUGAGCGCAGACGAGCCAGUGACGGAGAUGAAAUGGUGGAUGCAAAUCGCAGUCGAACUGGAGCCAGGAAGUCUGUCGUUCAGAUUUCAGACAAUUUGCCCACUUUGUCUAAAUCUCCAGUAAGAGAGGCGACGGGGUCACAUACAGUCUCCCCCAGACAGGGCUCCGCGAGAAACAGGCUUCAGGAGAGAAGGAAGUCAUCCCCUGUCAAAUAUGGCGCUGAAAACCCAUUUCUGGGUGUUGCUGAGUCUUCCGCUCUGCGGCGUAAGUCGAUGAACGACAGCCGGGGUGUCUCUCCUUGGUACUACAUCGACUCCAGACCAGUCUCCUCAGAUACCCACGGCAGGCCUCACCGCCGAAACGUCAUUUCUCCUACCACGCUACACAGACUGAGCACAGAGGCAGAGACAGAGAGGGGCGGGUCGGCUGCCUUGUCUUUUUGCACAGAGGAUGAUUGGAAACUUUACGGUUCCAACUUUCCGAACCGUCGACUUGUCUCUCAUAGAAAGCUCAAUCAUGAGUGCAGCUUGCCAUACAGCGACAACAUAGGCCUAGAGGAGACAGUGACAUCUGACCAGGCCAAAAAAGCCUCGAAACAGAAGCAUCAUCGGCAAACUCCAAAAAAGCCUGCGAACACACGGACUCCGAAACAGCUGUGGUACCGAACCAUCCGGAGUAUUCUUGCUGCUAACUAUCUUUACCAUCAAGUUCAGAAAAAGAAGAAACAUGUCCAGUAAGAAAAGGAAGCAGUUCGCUACCUUACAAUUACAAAGUUCUAGCAAAAAUUUCUGACUCUUUUGAGUGACUGAGACCAUGAGGUCCGAAACCAAAAUUAUGUUCCAUAUCAAAAUCAUAAGAAUAUCCGGAGUUGUUUUCGAGAUAUUCAAAGAAUUGCAUUCGAAAAAGCUUUAUCUUGUGA